AUGCCUCGACAAGUUGCCAGGAUCAAGGAUUUCCUCAUGAAGACCCACCGGUCGGAUGCCAAAUCGGUCAAGAUAAAGACCAACAAAGACAAUGUGAAAUUCAAGAUACGUUGCAGCCGGUUCCUCUACACGCUGGUGGUUACAGAAAAGGAAAAGGUUGAUAAAAUUAGGAAAGCCCUCCCUCCAAGUAGGUCUUAUUAUUUCCUCAUUCGUUUUUUCUAG